AUGGCAGCCCCGGCGUCGUCGUUGUCGACGACGACGUCCGGGUCGCCGGCCACUACCGCCGGCGGUGGGCCGCGGCCGUACCGGUCGCGGUUCGGCGACACGACGCUGACGAAGGUGUUCGUGGGCGGGCUGGCGUGGGAGACGCCCUCGGAGGGGCUCCGGCAGCACUUCGAGCGGUACGGCGACAUCCUGGAGGCCGUCGUCAUCACGGACCGCCUCACCGGCCGCUCCAAGGGCUACGGAUUCGUGACGUUCCGGGAGCCGGAGGCGGCGCGGCGCGCGGUGCAGGACCCGAACCCGACGAUCGCCGGGCGGCGCGCCAACUGCAACAUUGCCUCGCUGGGCCAGCCGCCGCGCCCCGCCCAGCAGCCUCGAGGCAGGGGUCCCUACGCGGGACAGGGACCCCACUUGCAGGUCCCGCAAUUCAUCCCCAGGGCGCCGGCCUCUCCCCAGAUGAUGCCCCAGCGGCAGCACGGUGGUGGCCUAGCUGCUAUCUACCCGUCUCAGUUUGGGUACUGGUACCCGCCUGACUUUCAAUACCAACAGGCCCUAGCCAAUCCUCAAGUGCUGCAGAACUACUACGCUCAGCUGUAUGGUCUGACCUCGCCCGCGGCGGCGGCACCCUACCACCAGUACCUCGGGUACGUGGCGCAUCCGCCUCCAACGCCAAGGCCGGCGAUACUGCCACCGCCGCCGCCGGCGGCACAGCAGGUCGCCGUGCAACCGUUGGUGCAGCAUCCGCCGCCGGCACAGCAGGUCACCGUGCAACCACUGCUGCAGCAUCCACCGGCACAGAUCCAGACCGCCCCUUUCUUCCCGGCUUCCUCGCUUUCGCACAACUUCAGGCUCCAGCUGCCGCCGCCUCAAGCUAUGCCAGUAUUGCCUCCCAACACAACAGAAUCUCUGCCAGCUGAUCAGGCCGCUGCCUCUGCAGCUCGUGCGACAAAUGCGAGCAGUACUCCGGGAGCCUGA